UCUCUCUCUCUCUCUCUCUCUCUCUUUUGACUUCGAUUCUUUCUCACUCAUGGCCUCUUCCUCUUUAUUCUUCUACGCUCUGCGUCUCUGCCAAUCCCCAGCCAUGUUGUUUCAUCCCAAGUAGUCUUCCUCUCUCUCUCUCUCUGAUUCGGUUUCGACCCGUAUGCCCACCAUGGAUUCUCGAACAGCUUUCUCAGACUCCAAUGACAACAACAGUGGGAGCAGCGGUAUCUGCUUCAUUUCCGGCACUGAGAGGUCCGAGACCCUGUCCUCGGAAAUUUCUGCCCCAGACGUCACAGCCUUAAGACGCCUUUCUGAAAAUCUAGAAUCUAUAUUCGAAUCCCCCGAUUUUGAUUUCUGCAGCGACGCCAAAAUCGUAGUUUGCUCAGGCCAGGAAAUUCCCGUCCACCGCUGCAUUCUCUCGGCUCGAAGUCCCUUCUUUAAGACCGUCUUCUCUAGUUCAGCGGCCAAGGAGAAGGGUGGGAAAUUCGAAUUAAAGGAAUUGGCCAAAGAUUUUGAGGUGGGUUACCGCCCCUUUGUUGCGGUUUUAUCCUAUCUCUAUAGUGGAAAGAUCAGGCCAUUGCCCAAAGAUGUUUGUAUUUGCGUCGACGACAAUUGCUCACAUGUCGGAUGUCGACCUGCUGUGGAUUUCAUGGUGGAGGUGCUCUAUGCCUCCUUCGUCUUUCAGAUUCCUGAAUUGGUGGCUCUUUAUCAAAGGCACCUACUUGACAUUCUUGACAAUGUGACAGAAGAUGACAUUUUGGUGGUACUAUCUGUUGCAAAUAUGUGCAAUAGAGCUUGUGAGAGAUUAGUGACAAAAUGCAUCGAAAUUAUAGUCAAAUCUGAUAUUGAUGUUGUAAUGCUUGAGAAGACAUUGCCCCAUGAUGUUGUGAAGCAAAUCACAGAUUCACGUCAGCAACUAGGUUUGGAAAGGAAUGAAGACAACAUUUUCCCGAACAAACAUGUGAAAAGGAUACUUAGGGCUCUAGACUCUGAUGAUGUUGAAUUAGUGGGAAUGUUGCUAAAAGAAGGGCAUACUACACUAGAUGAUGCGUAUGCUUUACACUAUGCUGUGGCAUAUUGUGAUGCAAAGACAACUACAGAGCUUCUGGACCUUGGACUUGCUGAUGUUAAUCACAGAAAUCCAAGGGGAUUCACUGUGCUCCAUGUUGCUGCAAUGAGGAAAGAGCCUAAGGUGAUAGUGUCUCUCCUAACAAAAGGCGCCCGGCCAUCUGAUCUUACUCUGGAUGGAAGAAAAGCACUUCAAAUCUCAAAACGGCUUACCAAAUCUGUGGAUUACUUAAAGUCUACUGAAGAAGGAAAGGCCUCUCCUAAGAAUAGGUUAUGCAUAGAGAUAUUGGAGCAAGCAGAGAGAAGAGAUCCACUAUUAGGGGAAGCUUCUGUUUCUCUUGCAAUGGCAGGUGAUGAUCUGCGUGUGAAAUUGUUGUACCUUGAAAAUAGAGUUUGUCUAGCAAAACUUCUAUUCCCUAUGGAAGCAAAAGUUGCUAUGGACAUUGCACAAGUGGAUGGCACUGUGGAGUUCCCAUUAACAGUGGACUUGAAUGAAGCACCUUUCAGGAUUAAAGAAGAGCAUCUAAAUAGGAUGAGAGCACUCUCCAAAACUGUGGAACUUGGGAAACGCUUUUUCCCACGUUGCUCCAAAGUACUCGAUAAGAUAAUGGAUGCUGAGGACUUAUCAGAGCUUGCACAUGUUGGAAAUGACACGACAGAGGAGCGUCAAAGGAAGAAGACAAGGUACAUGGAACUACAGGACAUGUUAAGUAAAGCAUUCCAUGAGGACAAAGAGGAAUUCAAUAGAUCCACCAUGUCAUCAUCAUCCUCAUCAACAUCUAUAGGAAUGGUGAGAUCUAAUAACAGGCUUACCACAAGGAAGUAAACUUUUAACAACCUGAGACUGAGAGACAAACACCUGUCCCAUCUUGUUGCAUGCUCAUGCUGUAGUGUAUCGAUUCCAUUCACUUUUUGUUUUGCUUUCUUUUAGCAUCCACAUCACACUUGUCCUAAUGUAACAUAUACGAACAUGAUUUUGGUAUGUAUUUACUUGCUCAUAUCAUUGUACAGUC